CUUCGCAUGCGCAACUCAUAGUUCCCUCUGCUUUGAUCUCCAAGUUUCGAAAUCACAAAAAAACGUAUGCGAUAGGUGUAAUCCCACGCGACGCACACUACUCGUCAUUCCUCGUCAUCGCUCACGACAGUGACCAUAACAACUCCUAUCCAUUUGUAGGCGCCACGAUUCCGCCUCGUGUGUUCCAAUUAACUUGACGCACGACUACCACAACGACGUAUAAUUCCUCUGAACCGCGAUGUUGACAGGAAAAGGUAUUCGGAUGGUCCAAGCUCUGGGCAUCGCGAGCUCUGCAUUUCUCUCAGGGACUAUGAUAUCGACCUCGAUCAUUGCAGCGCCUGCCCUUCUGACGCCCUCAAUGUUUUACUCUUCCAACCACCUUGCUCUUCAAUGGAGGAAUCUAUAUAUGCGUGGCUCUCGCGUAGGGCCACCUAUUACCCUUCUAGCUUCAUCGGCAUACCUUUUUAUCGCCUAUACCCUCUUCGGAAACUCGAAUGCCCGCUCUUUAGCGCAGUUGUAUGCAAUAGCUGGUGCCUUGACUUUUGGCGUGGUACCCUAUACGAUGUUCGCGAUGAAGCCUACGAACGACACCCUGAUUUUGAAAGCUAUCGAUGGGCCGGUGCAAGAACCGUUGUCGAAGACUGGCGAGACGGAAGACUUGGUGGAAAGGUGGAUCACGAAGAACCUUAUCAGAGGACUUAUCGCGUUGGGUGGAACUGCAGUCGGACUGUAUGCCACUCUUGUCUGAGUAACGUCAACAUUGCUACUGGGUUGAGACUCUGAAUAUGUUAUGGUGAGAACGCAUGGACCGAUAAUGGUUGGCAGAGUAGACUUGUUCGCGUGUACAGCCAAUAGACCUCGAGUAUAACCAACGGGCAUCAUGACUACUAGCUCC